UAUGGGGGGGGGGGGAUACAAUGGAUAUGUGUACACAUUUAUAAAUGAUACUAACCAUGAAAAUAUAAAAACAAAUUUCAAGAUUCAUUGCCACAUCCAUUUUCAAGAAUUCCCAACCACUGUGCAAUAAUAACACAUGAGUGAAAUAUUGCCCAACAGGUGCUGGGAAAUUGAUAAAGAACAUAUAAGUAAUAUCAGUACUCGAUCGGAUUGUCUUGAUUUCUGUUUCAGAGGCACGUCAUUGGCUCUUUUAAUCCAUGUAACCUACGUUGACCUUAUGGCAUUGAGUCGUACGCUUUUUCUUACACUACGAAUGAAGAGAAUUGUCAUUUAUAAUCGCUGCUCAUCUGGAGUUGUACUUUUGUCUUCUCUCAGCCAGAUGGGGCUGCCUUUGCAGAGGCCGACAUUUUCAGUCUUACAAAACCUGAACCUCUGUGCCACAGAGGCAGUUUCGAAAAGAGCCAAGCUUUUUUUUCUUUUUUUUUUGCAUUGCUCCAAAUAUGUCAUACGCUCAUGUUUGAAGGUUCUGUACGAAGAAGGUCAAGGUUUACAGGGUCAAAGAUCAGAUGUGGGAUGAUAUGGUAAGAAUGAUUGAGCAAAGUGUCUGAGAUAAGAGAGUCAAUCAGGAGGUGAUGAAAGCGAGGGCAGACUUUGGACAUUCUUCGCUGGCUCCUUUCCUUUCCCACCAGUUGCGAUUCUGCGAGUUUUCGCUCUUCCCUCGGGCCAAAAUGAAGAUUGAUUUUGCGCCAGUCGGCGUGCCCCUCCACAGGAGACUGCAGACUGUUGCGGUGCUGCAGUGGGUUUUCUCCUUCCUCGCCUUGGCACCCACAUGCAUCUUCUUGUUCGUCUACCUGCUCUUCACUCGGUACUGGUUGAUCAGCGUGCUUUAUUCUGUCUGGUGGUUCUUUGACUAUGACAGUCCUUCACGCGGAGGCCGCAGGGUGCCCUACUUGUGUGGAAUCAAACUAUGGGACUACAUGCGGGAUUACUUCCCUAUCAAGUUGCUGAAGACAGCUGAACUGGACCCUCGACACAACUAUGUCCUGGGCUUCCACCCCCAUGGAGUCCUGGUGGCAGGAGCCUUUACCAAUUUUUGCACCUACUCCACAGGCUUCAGGCAACUGUUUCCAGGCCUCACCUGCUACCUGCUCAUGCUGCCCCUUUGGUUUCGAACCCCAUUCUUCAGAGACUACAUAAUGUGCGCAGGUCUGAUUCCAUCGGAUAAAGAGAGCGCCAGUUAUCCUCUGCGUCAGAGGGGCGGCGGCAAUGCCGUUGCGAUCGCCGUCGGUGGCGCCCCAGAGGCACUUGAUGCCCACCCUGGGACAUACAAUGUACUGUUGGCCAAGAAGAAAGGUUUCAUUAAAAUGGCUAUGGAGCAUGGUGCUCACCUGGUGCCGGUCUUCUCGUUUGGUGAGAAUGAGGUGUUUGAUCAAGUGGGAAACUCAAGAGGAACCUGGCUUCGAAGUGUCCAAGAAAAGCUGCAAAGCAUCAUGGGUAUCUCCCUUCCACUCUUCCAUGCUCGUGGGAUUUUCCAAUACUCCUUUGGCCUCAUGCCAUACAGAAAAGCCAUCCAUACUAUCGUUGGACGGCCCAUCAGGGUGGAGAAGAAGGAGAAGCCGACCGUCGAGGAUCUUGACGCCCUUCACCAGUUGUACAUGGACGAGCUUUGCAAUCUCUUCGAGCAGCACAAGACUGACUAUGGUGUGGACAAGGACACACACUUGAACUUCAUCUGAACUGGACAAAAGAUGCAUUGCUAUUUAUUUUGUGAAGUUGAGAAGAUUUGUUUUUUCUUUUUUUGCAAACACAAAUUUGUUCUGGGAUGGUAAUGAAAGGUGAAUAAAAUGAUUUUGA